GAGAAGAGUCAGAAGAGCAGUUGGGGGGCAGUUGGCAGUUGGGGGAAGGACAGAAGCUGAAGAAGACCAUGACCUAGAAAACUGCAAGUUGCUUCAUCGCAACAUAUUCGUCAACAGAUCAAGAAACUCACAGCCCAACACUUAUGGAAUUGAAUUUAUCAGAAUCCCAUGAUAUGUCUUCUUCCUCCAUCUCUGACACUGUGGCUCAGGAGAUUGUCCCAUUUACUGUGAAAAUGGGAAACCUUCUACUGACUACAGUAUAUCCUCUGAAUCCUCAAACAACACUCAGACUCCCCUCCAGCUCUCUCCUUUAGUCAGAGGAGAGUUGGAAAUGCAGUAAUUGCAUCACUAAAAGCAGCAAGUCCUGAACAUCAAAUGAGGGAAUCAAAGAGUAUGGACUCAAGACUAAAUCAAAUCACAGAUACCUCAAAAGUAAGUCCUGUAGCAUUGUCUCACAACAUGGAUUCUAGGGGGCUGAUUAAUGAACGUGUCAUAGAAUCAGCAGGACUAGCCCCAAGGCCACAAGACCCAGUCAUGGAAUCAGAGGGGGUAGAUACAUUGCAUGAGGAUCAAGCUGUAGAACCAGCAAAGAUGAGUCCAGAGCCAUUGUUGGGCCUUGGACGAGGUAACUCCAUUUAACCUGUUACCUUCAGUCACGUAGGACAGGUAGAUGGUGUGACUAACAAGUCUCCACCUCCAGAGAUUUAAAUAUUAAUGAAUUAUCAAAAGGCCAUAUUAUACAGUCUUCAAAGUUAGGGAAAGGAUUCCAAAGCCUCAGCAUAAAGUCAUGGAAACAUUAAACAUGGACUCGGGGUCACAGAAUCAAGCUACAAAACAGGUCAGGUUUACUCCUAGGCCACUUCAACGUCUAUGGCCACCACCUAGGAUGAUUCCAGAAUAUUCUAAGAAAUCCAUGAGUGCUCUAAAGAUAAACUCUUUACCACCUUGUUUAUCUAAAGAUAAACUCUUGUACCACCUUGAUUGGUACAGGAGUCACCAAUGGGAGUGAUCACACCACUACUAGCUGGUUUGACUGCACAGUCAGUGGCUCAAACCAAAGAAUCUCUAGAGUUGCCUUCUGUGCCCAAGGUUCAAGUCAGAGACUCCAUCGGGAUGACACCACAUCAAGGCACAGAGUAUGUGUCAUUGACUCCAAAACUGCCUCAUCAGGUCAUGGACCCUUCGGAGUUCACCCCACGUCACCAGGACUUAGACUGUUCAGAGGUGAGCCCAAGACAAAGUCACAAAAUGACAGAACCUAUGGGGUUGAUCUCUGAUUCCUGGCCACAAAAGAAGAAUCCUACAGAGAUGACACCAUCACAUCAUCAAAUAAAAGAAUCUAUGACAACAGCCCCAGGGGCACUAGAUCCAGGGACAGUACCUAUAGGGAUGAGCCAACAACAUCAACUUAUAGAAAUAAAAAAAGAUGGACCGCUGACCCCAACGGUGCUAUCUACAGAUUUGACCCCAGAACAACAUCAGCAAAGCAUGCAGUCUGAGGAAUUAACCACCACACCACAAUUACAAACUCAGAAACCUGUCCCAUCAGCCCCAGAGUCUCAGCUUCAAGAUGUGAAGUCUGGCCAACUGACAGUUGAACCACAACUCCAAAACAUACAAUCUGCUGGGUUGGCCCCAAAUCCACAGGUGCAAAGUGAAUCAGUAAAUGUGAUUCCUGGUUCACAGUCUCAAGGUAUGGAAGGUGUUCAUUUGGAGCUACUACAGGAGGUACAAGAAGAUAUAAAAAUGGUGGCAUCGACCCCAAGACUACCACUUAAAGAUAUAAAAUCAGCUCCAAAACCAUGCUCCCGAAACACCAGCUCUGAUAAGAUAGCCCAUGUACCACCACUGCUUGAAGAUAUGGAGAUUCAAUUGGUAGACUGUAAAAGUAUAAUUCCUGAGACCCUGGUGGAAAGUAUGAAAGUUGGUGAGCUGACCACAACCUUUAUGCAGUACUACAGUAUAUCCUUUGAAUCCUCAAACAACACUCAGACUCGCAUUAGCCUUGAUUGGACAGUGAACCCCAAGGAUGUGCUUGUCUCUGCUUCUCCGACACUGGGCACCAUGUACUUUUAUUAUCGUGUGUGCUCUGGGGAUAGGUUGCAGCUUCUUUAUUUGUAUGGUAUGCACUUCACUGAUUCAUCUCCCUCACUUCUGGUAGAGGGGAUCUUUACAGAAAUAACUGAUGCUUGUGAACGCAACCCCUUUUCUACCCUCACCUCCCUCAGACCAAAAAUAUUUUGGACUUGA